AUGGCUGAUAUUGUUUGCAAUGAUAGUUCUAUUAAUGAUAUUGAAGACGAUUGCACAACAUUGGAUCCAAAUUUACAAACAUCCGUAUCAGCAACAGUUCGUUUUUGGAUUCUUGUUUUUUUGGAGAUUCCAUCUAUUUUCUGUUCUAUUCUUUUACUCUAUAAUCUUUAUUUCGAUCGAACAUUACGUAAAGUACUCAAUAAUCAUGUUAUUAUUGUUAUUCUCAUUGUUGGACUCUUCUCACAAGCUACAGAUAUUUCUAAUUAUCUUACGUACGUUCGUCUUGGCUAUAUCUGGCCACAAACAAUAGUAAAUUGUUAUAUUUGGUGGUUUGUAGGUGCAACUGCUUAUAGUCUAUUGGGUAUGUUAAUGGCAUGGACUACAAUUGAGAGACAUAUCAUAAUAUUUCAUCAUCAAUGGCUUAAUACUCGGAAAAAACGUAUUUUUAUUCACUAUAUUCCGUUAAUAAGCAUUAUUUUAUAUGCUUGUAUAUUUUAUAUUGUCUGUGUUUUCUUUGUAUCUUGUGAUAAUACACCAGAUUAUACACAAUAUUGGUGUUACGGUCCAUGUUAUUUGGGAGUAUUUGGCCCUAAUAUAUUUGAUACAUUCGUAAACGUUAUUCGUGUUAUCAAACAAAAACAACGUCUUCGUCAACAAAUACAUUGGCAUAAAUAUCGACGAAUGAUUAUACAAGUACUAUCAUGUUCAUUACUAUAUCUUUUAUUUAAUUUUCCUCUGAUGAGUAUGUAUCUUACUCUGAUAUUUGGUGUACCGUAUGGUUCAACUGGUGAAUUUGAAGUAUUUGUAUAUUUUUUUUGUUAUUUUAUUCCAGUAUUAAUGCCAUUCGUAUGUCUUGCGUCAUCAAAAGAAAUUUGGAUAAAAAUUAAAAAAAUCGUGACAACUAAACGCACAAUAAAUAGAGUUGCUCCACAAGCAUUACAACUUAAUAAAUAA